GCCACGCACAGGAGCCGGAGCCGGAGCCGGCGGCGCCAAACGAGCCCUAAAUUCGAGGGUUUUAGAAGGGUUCGGUAGCUUCGUUCCCUCGCCGCCGGCUCGCCCUCCUCCCUUUCUUCCUCCCCAAACCAAAACACCGGACCGUAGUGGAAAGGCCGCGACUUCUCUCUACUGCCCCGUCGGAAACCCUAGAAUCACGCCGCAAAACCUCCCGCAUCUCCCAUGCUGCGCGCGGCGGCGGCGGCAGCCGCCGUCUUCCCGGCGCGGUUCGCCGCCGCACCGGCCGUGGCGGCGGCGGAGGACCUCAGGUCCCCGCUGCUCAGGGUCCUGGGGACGCUGAGGGGCGGCCGUGGCUCGGUGUUGUUGGGGAGGAGGGCGCGGUUCUGCUCCAACUCCUCCGCGAGCGACUCUGAGGCGGCGGCGGCCGAGGCGGAGGCGAAGGCCGAGGAUGCGACCGUUGCGGAGGGGGAGGCGGACGGCAAGGCGUCCUCCGCCAUCGUGCCCACCAACCCCAAGAUCGAGGACUGCCUCUCGGUUGUAGCAUUACCUCUUCCACAUCGACCACUCUUUCCUGGAUUUUACAUGCCGGUCUAUGUAAAGGACCAAAAGCUGUUGCAAGCCUUAAUAGAAAAUCGCAAAAGAUCAGCUUCGUAUGCUGGUGCCUUUCUUGUGAAAGAUGAAGAAGGUACUGACCCUAAUAUUGUGACUGGUUCAGAUUCAGAGAAAAGCAUUGAUGAUCUGAAAGGGAAAGACUUGCUUAAGCGUCUUCACGAAGUUGGGACGCUUGCUCAGAUUACAAGCAUUCAGGGGGAUCAGGUAGUGCUACUUGGUCACCGGCGAUUACGGAUAACUGAGAUGGUCGAAGAGGAUCCACUAACAGUUAAAGUUGACCAUCUAAAGGAAAAUCCCUAUAACAAGGAUGACGAUGUUAUAAAAGCUACUUCAUUCGAAGUUAUAUCAACUUUACGGGAAGUUCUAAGGGCAAGUUCCCUUUGGAAGGAUCAUGUGCAAACCUACACACAGCACAUUGGUGAUUUUAACUACCCAAGGUUAGCAGACUUUGGUGCUGCUAUCUCUGGUGCCAACAAGUUGCUUUGCCAGGAGGUGCUUGAGGAAUUAGAUGUAUAUAAGCGUUUGAAGUUGACUCUUGAGUUAGUGAAAAAGGAAAUGGAGAUUAGUAAGUUGCAGCAAUCCAUAGCAAAAGCAAUUGAAGAAAAGAUUAGUGGAGAUCAGCGGCGUUACUUAUUGAACGAGCAACUUAAGGCGAUCAAGAAGGAGCUGGGCUUGGAGACUGAUGACAAAACAGCACUGUCUGCAAAAUUUAGGGAACGCAUAGAAUCAAAGAAGGACAAGUGUCCUCCUCAUGUUCUUCAAGUCAUUGAAGAAGAGCUUACCAAGCUUCAGCUUUUGGAAGCCAGUUCUAGUGAGUUCAAUGUAACUCGUAAUUAUUUGGACUGGCUGACAGUAUUGCCAUGGGGAAAUUAUAGUGAUGAAAACUUCGAUGUCCACCAUGCUCAGAAAAUUCUUGAUGAAGACCAUUAUGGUUUGAGUGAUGUGAAAGAGAGAAUACUGGAAUUCAUAGCAGUUGGGAAGUUAAGAGGGACUUCACAAGGCAAGAUCAUAUGUCUUUCUGGGCCACCUGGAGUUGGUAAAACCAGUAUUGGUCGUUCAAUUGCACGUGCACUCAACCGUCAAUUCUACAGGUUUUCUGUUGGAGGUUUGGCUGACGUGGCAGAAAUCAAGGGUCAUCGACGCACGUAUGUUGGUGCAAUGCCAGGAAAGAUGGUGCAAUGUCUUAAAUCAGUUGGGACAGCAAAUCCUCUAGUUUUGAUAGAUGAGAUUGACAAGCUUGGGAGGGGGCAUUCUGGCGAUCCAGCUAGUGCAUUGUUGGAACUUCUCGACCCUGAGCAGAAUGUUAAUUUCUUAGAUCACUACCUCGAUGUCCCUAUUGACCUAUCUAAGGUUCUGUUCGUUUGCACAGCAAACGUUAUAGAGAUGAUACCAAAUCCAUUGCUGGAUAGGAUGGAGAUCAUUGCAAUAGCUGGAUAUAUAACUGAUGAGAAGAUGCAUAUUGCUCGGGACUAUCUAGAGAAGAAUACAAGAGAGGCUUGUGGCAUUAAGCCUGAACAGGUUGAAGUUACAGAUGCAGCUCUUCUUGCCCUUAUUGAAAAUUACUGCCGCGAAGCUGGAGUGCGGAACCUUCAAAAGCAGAUUGAGAAAAUUUACCGUAAGAUAGCUCUGCAGCUUGUUCGCCAAGGGGUAUCAAAUGAGCCAGACCAGGAGGCUCUCAUUGUCACAGCAAAUGAGGAACCUAGUAGUGGUGAUGGUGCCAUAGCAAAAGAUGAGAUUUUGAAGGAUUCUGCUGUGGAAGCUAAUGAAGCAAAUUUGGCAAAAGAAGCAGUACUUCAUGAAGUGCAUACAACUGAAGCAGUACUUCAUGAAGUGCAUACAACUGAAGCACCCAAAGAAGACAGUGUAUCCGAGGGCAAGGACACAGAUGGAGCAAAAGAAGAUGGGGCAGACAAGGCAAUCGAGAAGGUUGUGGUUGAUUCAUCAAACCUUGGUGAUUUUGUUGGGAAACCUGUUUUCCAGGCAGAGCGUAUAUAUGAACAGACUCCUGUUGGAGUGGUCAUGGGUUUAGCUUGGACUGCUAUGGGUGGUUCUACUUUGUACGUUGAAACAACAAAAGUGGAGGAAGGGGAAGGGAAAGGUGCACUUGUGCUGACGGGGCAGCUUGGAGAUGUCAUGAAAGAGAGUGCUCAGAUUGCGCAAACAGUUGGCAGAGCUAUAUUACUGGAGAAAGAGCCAGAUAAUCAAUUUUUUGCAAAGUCGAAAGUGCACUUGCAUGUUCCUGCAGGGGCCACCCCUAAGGAUGGCCCUAGUGCUGGAUGCACCAUGAUAACAUCAAUGCUGUCCUUAGCCAUGGGAAAGCCUGUCAAGAAGGACCUUGCAAUGACUGGUGAAGUAACAUUAACUGGGAGAAUCCUCCCAAUCGGCGGGGUAAAAGAGAAGACCAUCGCUGCAAGGAGAAGUGCGAUCAAGACACUCAUAUUUCCAGCAGCUAAUAAAAGGGACUUUGAUGAACUUGCUUCUAAUGUGAAGGAAGGCCUCGAGGUUCAUUUUGUUGACACAUACGGUGAAAUAUAUGAUUUAGCUUUCCAGAGUGACGCCAGGACAGAAACAAGCUAGCAGAUGAAGCUCAAGAGCCUGGGGACGGGCUGAAUAGCGAAGAUGUUGGCAGGCCCAUUGUAACUGAGAUGAGUAGAGUUAAUUGACAUCACGACAAAUUUUUUUCACCCCAUAAGACAUUCAAUUUAAGAAAUUUUGGUUAGGUGGUUGUAGUGGCAUUACAAAUAAGAAAAGAAAGCAGUGUAAACCAAUAUACCGCACUUGUGCUAUACAAAAGCACCAGGGAUGCAGAGUUGUUAUUUAUUUAUUAUUUUUUGGUGUGGGAGUUUUGACAUUCUUGUGGUAUGUAACAGUUAGGCUCUAUUGUAAAACUAGUCGUUUCGGUC